UUUUAUAGGUGUCAAUUUUUGGAUAUUGCACAAAUGUUUAUUACUGUCGCGUAUAAAAGCCACACCAUAUGUUAUUUUAUACUGAAAAUCGUCGCUUAGGAGAUGGGGGCGCUGUAGAUAUUUCUUACAGCCUAAAAGAGUCAAUUAGCAGUCCAUAUUUAUAUAGGCUGCGUUCCGUUUCGCGCAUAGCACGCAUUGUUCGCAUAACAUAUGCUUAGCGCAUUGGAUACGUUUCGUUUCAAUAUGCGCACUAUGUACGCUUUGAAAUGGAACGAUGUUAAACGCAUUAGAAGCGUGAAAUCAAAAUGGAUUCCACAACAAUAAAUUGCGCUAUCACUAUUGUGACAAAGUUUUUAAUUGAUGACAUUAAUGAAAGUGACAUCGAAUCGUCUAGUGAAUCGUCCAGUUGCAGUUUUGACGACUACUAUAGUGGCGAAGAAUAUGAGAACGUUUUGAAUAUCGAUUACGAAUUGGAAAUUUUAUAUUUAAUUUUAAUGGUGGGUGAAACACGAGGAGAAACGGUUGUAAAAGAAAAAAUAACAGAUUUUGUUGAAAGAGUUAUUCCUGGAUACACAAGGCACAUAUUCAAAGAACAUUUUCGAAUGUUUCCGGAAACAUUCGAAGAGGUGUUACAAUUAAUCGGGCCAGAACUAAAAGCCAUAAAUGCAUUGCCUGGAAGAAAACCAAUCUCUGCCGAAAAGCAACUCCUGAUUGCAAUUUGGUUUAUGUCUACUCCUGACUCUUAUAGGUCAGUAUCAACGAAAUUCGGAGUUGGAAAAGCAACUGCAUUCAGAGCAUUAAGACGAGUAACGUAUGCUCUACAUUGUAUUGCUCCUCAGUUUAUUCAAUGGCCCAAAGGUGCAAUUGCUACAAAUGUAAUGAGGAAAUUUGAACAAGUUUGUGGUUUUCCUAACGUGAUAGAUUGUAUUGAUGGAACUCAUAUAAAGAUUCGUGCUCCAAAAGAAGAUCCAGUCUCAUACAUAAACAGGAAAGGUUUCCACUCAAUUAAUGUACAAGUUGUCUGUGAGUCGCGUGAACUAUUUACUCAUUGUUAUGCCGGACAUGUAGGCUCUGUACAUGAUGCAAGAGUUUUUCGGAACUCACCAGUGGCAGAUUUUCUUCAAUUACCUGAAACCUAUUUUCCUGAUAAUUCACACAUUAUUGGAGAUGCUGCGUAUAGUAUCCAUCCACAUUGUAUGGUACCUUUUAGAGACAAUGGUCAUCUGACAAAUGCGCAAAAAAAUUUCAAUUAUUGUCUAUCAUCUACGCGAAUGACAAUUGAACGCGCAAUAGGUCAUCUCAAAGUUCGUUUUAGAAUUCUCUUAGAUUGUUUACCUUUAACAAAUAUAAGAAAAAUUCCAGAAUUUAUUUUAGCCUGUUGUGUAUUGCACAACAUUUGUAUUUUGAAAAACGAUAUAAUUGAACUGGGUAUAUAUCCAAAUGAAGAAGAAGUGAGACCUAUUUUACAUGAUAACGCAGUUGAGUUAGGAAAUGCUAAAAGAACGGUAAUUAUGAAUACUUUACCAAGGAAAAUAUAAUAUUAAAGUGUAACUCGACAUCAUGUGUAUAAAAAUAAAAAUGCAUAUAUUAUGUAAUAAACAAAUUAAACGUUG